GAAGUGGGUCCGGACUCUUCAAAGCGACGACACAUUCAACGUCAAGAUGCUGUCACCGCAAAGCCGGCGACCCAUCACCGUCGACGUGGAAGUUCAAGGAACUUCCUUGAGCAUGGAAUUGGACACGGGAGCCACGGUGUCCAUAAUACCGAAGCAGCAGUUCAAGAAAUUUCAGCCUCCUUUGAAGCUUGAACCCACCGAGCUACGCCUCAAGACUUACACCGGGGAAGUCGUGCAACCCUGCGGUUUCGUCAAAGCGUCCGUAAGAUACAAGGGUCAAGAGGACGUUCUACCCCUCUACGUAGUUGACCACAAUGGCCCGCCUCUUUUGGGCCGCGAGUGGCUCACACGUCUUCGUCUGGACUGGGACAACAUCUGCGGCGUACACAAGCUGUCGGACCCUCAUCGGUCUGAUGCAAGCAAGAAGUACGAGGCACGCCUAAAAGAACUUCAAGCCAAGUACAGCCGCAUCUUCGACGGCACCCUUGGCAAGAUAGAAGGAGCGGCCCCACAUGGUUCCACGCGACAGUACUGCAGCGGACGGGACCAGUGUCCUACGUGGUCAAGGUGCGGACACCGGAUGGACUCCGUACUUGGAGGCGACACAAGGACCACCUGCGCUCAGCGUCUACUGCAGUGA